UUGGUCUUUUUCCCUCCUCCAUCUUCGCACCCAUGCCUUGCAAUCAAAACUGGGGCGGCCGAGAGCGAGCUUGUUCCCUAUGAAGUCAGCUUAUUCGCACUGAUGUGCUCGGCAGCCCGCGUCUCCUGCACUGUGGCAACUCCAUAUAAUUGUCGCCUCGAUCCCAGCCCGGAUGUGCCCUUCUCCUUGUUCACCGUGCCCUUCAACCUCGCCAAUCCCUCGCCCUUCUUUCAAUUCUGCCGAACAUGGCUUCGUCUAAUCCUCUUGAUCCCCACUGGCUUGAUGCCAACGGCGAUGAACCCAUCGCCAUCAUAGGAGUAGCCUGCCGGUUCUCAGGCACGGCCUCUGACGAGGAUGGCCUGUGGCAGCUUUUGUCAAAGGGGAGAACUAGCUGGGCUAGCAAUGCCAGGAAUCGGUUUAGAAUGGAGUCUUUCUGGCAUCCUCAAGCUCACCUCCCGGGCUCGACCAGCGCUAGGGGCGUUCACCUUCUUCAGCAAGACCCGGCUGUCUUCGACAGUGACUUCUUCGGCAUCAGCGGAGUUGAAGCCAAAGCCAUAGAUCCUCAGCAGAGACUCAUGCUCGAGGUGGCUUACGAAACCUUUGAGAACGCCGGCAUCCCCUUGGAAAAACUGGAAAAGUCCAACACUGGAGUUUUCUGUGCCGUCUCCUACACAGACUACGACCAGAUUCUGGGUCGCGACCCUGAGACAUCGCCAAUGUACCGAUUCACUGGAACAGGGCCGUCUCUCGUAUCCAGCCGCGUGUCCUACGCCUUCGACUUGCGCGGACCCAGUAAAGCCGUUGACACCGCUUGCUCUAGCGCUUCAGUGGCCCUACACGAUGCCAUUCUCGCCCUUCGAGCUGGCGACGCUGACCAAAUUUUGGUGGGGGGCUCUAAUCUAAUUUUGGACCCUGACAAGAUGUCCAUCAUUUCCUCCAUGUCGUUCCUAUCCCCGGACGGCCGAUGCUAUUCCUUCGACUCUCGCGCCAGCGGAUAUGCCCGUGGAGAGGGCGUGGUCGCCCUUCUUCUCAAGCCUCUUAGUGCCGCCUUACGGGAUGGCGAUACAGUUCGAUCUGUGAUCCGCGGUAGCGCGGUUGUUUCCGAUGGCAAAACUCCGGGCAUCACCAUGCCGUCGCCGGAUAGUCAAUUUGCAGCUAUUCAGCGUGCAUACAAGGUUGCUGGGCUCGAUCCCCGAGAAACAGUCUACGUGGAAGCACAUGGCACUGGAACCAAUGCUGGAGACAACUGCGAAGCCGAAGCUUUUAACCGAGCUUUUUGCUCGGACAGUUCUGAAAAGAAGCUUCUCAUCGGCAGUGUCAAAUCAAAUUUGGGCCAUACCGAGUGUGUCUCAGGGUUGGCCGGUUUAGUAAAAGUCCUCUUGAUGCUUGAAAAGAGAAAACUUGUUCCCACUCCAACCUUUGUAAACGAAAACCCAAGGUUGGAGUUAGAACGGCGGAGACUGAAAGUUUCAACAAAGUUCCAAGACUGGCCAGAAGGAUCAAUUCAUCGGGCAUCUAUCAAUGGAUCAGGGUAUGGAGGCACAGAUACCCACGUUAUCCUUGAGGCAUGGACAGAGCCAACCAAGGUAGUAGGGACACCACCAUCAGCAGAACUCAGGGCACCGCGUGGCCCAAAAGUCUCCGAUCUCGUUGCUCCAGGACCCAAGGUCUUUGUGUGGAGUCACCAGCGGGAAGAUGGAUUCUCUAAGUUGGCCAAUGCGUGGAAGAAGUUCAUGAUGGUGGCCAAAGCAAACUGCCAAGAGCUGCACCUAGACGACUUGGCUUAUACGCUGUCAGAGAGACGAAGUCGGUUUGCACAGCGAACUGCAGUUGUUGCUUCCAACUUGGAAGAGCUUUUGGAGGGGCUCAACAAAAUUGAGCUGGGAUCACUUCGCCCCGUCAAAGCUUGGACGAAUGCACGAAUGUGUUUCAUCUUUACUGGUCAGGGAGCUCAAUGGGCAGAGAUGGGACUGGGAUUGCUAUCCUACCCACUCUUUGCUGAUUCGAUGCAAAAGUCUGAGCGGGAGUUUAUCCGAAUGGGUGCGACUUGGCGCCUGAUUGAUGAGCUGAGAAAGACCAAGGAGAAUUCCCGCAUCAAUGAAGCUGAAUUAGCGCAACCAGUUUGCACAGCCAUUCAGAUCGCUUUGGUUGAUCUCCUUGCCUCCUGGAACGUGCAUCCUGAUGCAGUUUGUGGCCACUCAAGUGGAGAGAUUGCGGCCGCAUACGCUGCUGGAAGCUUGACUGCACCAGAAGCCCUCAGGGCUGCCUAUCACCGAGGCCAGUCUGUAUAUCAAAUCAUGCGGAAAGAGGGUGCAAGGCAAGGAGGAAUGCUUGCAGCAGGUCUGUCAGACACUGAUGCGCAAAAGUAUCUAUCAAAGUAUAGCGAGCACGCUGUAAAUGUUGCAUGCAUCAACAGCCCUACCAGUGUGACAAUCUCGGGCGAUAUCUCGGCCAUUGAAGAGAUUGCCGCCAGAUUGGAGGAAGAUGGCAUCUUCAACCGAAAGCUAGCCGUCCCAGUAGCGUAUCACUCUUCUCAUAUGAAUGUUAUUGAGGGGUUAUAUGGCGAUGCGCUGAAGUCGCUACGGCCUCGCAAAUUUAAGCCAGGCGUGCGGAUGAUCUCUUCAGUUACAUGUGAAGAGCUUAGCGGCGAAGAAAUGGACGGCACCUACUGGGUGAGCAACCUGCUACGUCCAGUCCGGUUUUCGCCAGCCUUGACCAAGCUCCUUAGCUUGACUGUACCUGUUACGGACAAGGAUGGUAAAGUUAAUGACGGCAGUGCUACGGUACCACCGACUGUUCUGGUUGAGCUUGGGCCUCACGCUGCACUGCAAGGGCCGGCCACACAGAUAGCAAAAACGAUCAAGGAGCUGCCUUCUGUAGCUUAUUUCUCUUGUUUGAGGAGAAAGGAGGGUGCAGUCCAGAGCAUGCUGUCGACUGCAGCUGGUCUAUUCAACCAUGGCAUCAAAAUUGAGCUCACAGGCACGAAUAACCCCCAUGGCACGCAGACAAAGGUUCUGACAAAUUUGCCGGCAUACAACUGGCAUCACGGUAAGAUUCACUGGAAUGAGUCCCGUCGAAGCCAAGUGUACCGCAUGCGAGAGUUCCCCCGCCAUGAUCUACUUGGAACUGCUGCUGCGGAUAGUAUCAGCGCAGAGCCGUCUUGGAGAAUGUAUGUUAGGCUUUCGGAGAUGCCAUGGAUUAAGGGUCAUUCUAUCGAUGGUCAAGUCCUAUACUCUGCAGCUGGCUUUCUGGCCAUGAUUGUGGAGGCCCUGAAACGUCAGUCUAUUACGUCAAAUCGCCCCUGGAUGAAGAGAGUCAUACAAUUCAAGCAUAUUGUCAUUGAUAGACCUCUUCUUAUCCAAGAAGACGCAUUUGGCGCUGAAGUCAUUACCCUUUUGAGACCUUACUCUGUAACAUCUCGUGAUUCUAGCCAAAAGUGGCAAGAGUUCAGAAUCUAUAGCAUCUCUCAAAAUAACGAAUCGACUGAGCAUUGCCGAGGCUUGAUUGCUCUGUCGGAAGAUUUGGGAAAGCUGGAUAUCAAGACAGAAGAUGCAGCCGGUUCUCUUCAGAACCCAGCCGGUUCAAAUUCUUGGACUCAACUCGAGUCUAAUCAACUGUAUAAACUACUUAGUGCCUCUGGCAAUGACUAUUCUGGAUGCUUUGCAAACCUCGACAAUAUCUCAGCUCGCCCCUGGGAGUCCAACAGUGAGCUGACUGUGCAGGAUGUGAAAGCAAUGAUGCCUGGAGGCCAUCAGGAAGUGCAUCACAUACAUCCUACAACGCUUGAAGGCUGCUUCUUGACGACCCUUCCAGGCGUAAAGCUUGCUGAUGGCCUGGACGGCCCUCAAGUUGUCGCCUCCAUUGAUGAGCUUUACAUUUCUACAGAUAUUGAUCUCCAGCCAGGACAUAAGCUUUCUGUUGCGGCGAAGUCUAGACCAUAUGGAUUGAGACAGCACUCAUCUCAUAUUGUAGCUACUGACAAUACAAACAAUGUUAUCGUUCGGGUUGAAGGAAUCAAGUUCUCAUCUCUGGGAAGCUAUCAGGCGGAUGGUAAUCGCGCUGAUAACCCUUUGAGCCACCAAGUUGAGUGGCUUGUGGAUCCCUUUUCUUCUACCAAAGAGGCCAUUGCGGAGUACUGCCAAAGAAAUCUUAGUCAGGAGAGUCAAGAGCAGCGAAAAAACCUUGACUCAAUCUCUCUUGGCAUUAUUAAAGACACUCUUGGCCAGCUUUCAAGUGAAGAUGAAACAUUGAUUACUGGUCACCUGCGACGCUUUUAUGAUUGGAUGCGCGAGCAAGACACAUCCAAUGCCCUGCCCUUGAACCCCGAUAACAAAGCACUCAGUGUUGCGGGUCAGCUGCUGGUUCAAAUUGCUCCUCACUUACCAGGCAUUCUUCGAGGAAACCAGGAGUUGCCAGUCGAUGAAAGCCUGUUACAUCGCCUUUAUUCUGAGGAUGACGGCUUCAACAGAUGCCACACUCAGUUAGCAGAGUAUCUCAAGCUUGCUCAAUACAAAGUGCCGAAUCUGCGUGUCUUGGAAGUCGGCGGUGGAGUGGGCAACCUAACUUCUACUCUGCUUGAAGCCCUCUACGGAGAAAAGCGUGAUUAUGCUACUACUCUAGGGACAUACGUUUUCACAGACGCUUCCGAGCCUUCCAUUGCAAGCGCUCAAGAGAAGCUGAAGAAAUUUGAAAGUGUUGUAGAGUUCAAGCCCUUUGAUAUCGAGCAGUCUCCUGCGCAACAAGGAUUUGAACCUGGCUCUUUCGACAUUAUUGUUGCUUCAAAUACCAUUCAUGCAACUCACAACCUUGAUAAUACCCUUAGCCAACUAAAGAGCUUGCUUAAGCCUGGUGGCCAGAUUGCUUUUACAGAGCUGACAGCGCCGUCUUUGAGAUGGGGAGUCCUUGGCGGGCGCCUGCAGAACUGGUGGCUGGGAGCCGAAGAUGGCCGCACAAGCUCGCCUCUUGUAUCAACACCAGAGUGGGAUAAGGCUCUGGUCAGGAACGGCUUUUUCGGUGUGUCAUGUGAAUUGAAGGAUUACGACUCGGAUCAGGAGCACGAAGUGAGCUUGAUCAUCUCUCAUGCCGCUAAUAUUGAAGUGAAAGCGCACACUGAGAAUAUCUCUAUUUUCACUGGAAAGGAAAGAGACUCCGUGGCGAGUGAGUUGCGCAGUGCGUUAGUGGCACAGUAUCCCAAAACCGUCGUGUCUACAAUGUCCCUCUCUGGAGAAGUAGCAUCUCCUGGAACCUACAUAUUCCUUCCUGAAGCUUCUGAAGGCGCCCUGUUGAGAGCAUCCGAGAAUGACUGGAACGAAAUUCUACAUCUUCUUGCUGAUGCCAAAGCUGUGCUGUGGGUGACUAGGGGAACCUCCCUGGCUGAGCCUGAGCCCCAUCGGGCUCUCAUUACCGGAUUGGCACGCAGCUUGCGAUCAUCUAGGCCUGAUCUCAAUUUCUUCACAUUGGACAUUGGUGCUGCGGGCUCGGAAGAAGCACCUGCGAUUUUGCAAGUAUAUGAAAAGUACCUCGGGCCAAACGCUUCGCCGUACUCUGCAUCCGAGUGGGAGCUUGCCUUCUAUAACGGCAGCAUAGUGAUUCCCCGUUUAUUAGAGAAUAAAGCGGUCAAUCAGCAAAUUGAAGAUGCUGUAUCAAAGCAUCAUCCACGCGAAGAGAUGUAUACCAGUGCCAGCAGAUCAUUGGGUCUACAUAUUAGCUCCGUUGGGGUGCUUGAUUCUUUAUAUUGGGCGGAUAAUGAAGUCCAUGCGGCUGCUCCCAAGCCAACACAAGUCAGAGUUCGUGUGGAGAAUUUUGCACUGAAUUUCAAUGAUAUGCUCACCACCACUGGCCAGCUUGAAGGCGGCUCUUCUCUUCUCCUUGAAGGAAGUGGUACGGUCAUCGAUGUUAGUGAUGCUUCUCAGUCAAAAUUCUCUGUAGGCGAUCGAGUUGGCUUCUUUGCCCCUAAUGGACUUGCCACCGUGAGUAACGUAGAUGUUCGUCACGCUGUUAAAAUUCCCAACGGUAUUGCCAGCGACAUUGCGGCAGCCAUUCCUUUGGCUUAUUCAGCUGCGCUCUAUGCUCUCCGGAACAUUGCCAGGCUUCAGCGAGGCGAGACUAUCUUGAUUCACUCUGGAGCGGGAGCAGUCGGCCAGGCAGCGAUUACCCUCGCAAAGGCCCUUGGCGCUGAAGACAUUUUUGUUACUGUUGGAAGUCCAGACAGGGCAGAGCUCGUCAACAAGACUUUUGGCAUCCCCGCUGAACGCAUCUUCUCAAGUCGAGACAUAGACUUUGGCGAUCGCCUUCUCAAGCAGACGAACGGUCGGGGCGUCGAUGUUAUUCUCAAUUCUCUUUCUGGAGACGCAUUUUCGGAGAGCUGCAGCGCUGUAGCCUCCUUUGGCAGAAUCGUUCAGCUUUGCGAAAGAGAUGUUGCAAACAACGGCCGGCUUGGCCUGGAGGCCCUCCAGAAAAAUGCUUCUCUUUCUGUUGUAAACAUGGCAUUCCUCGCGAGGGAACGGCCUACGCUGUUUGAAGAGCUGCUACAGACUUCUUUCAACAUGAUCCAGGAAGGAAAUUUGGCUCUGAUCAGCCCCAUCACUACCUCUCAUGCUUCCAAUGUUGCUCAGCAGCUUCGAGUUAUGCAAGCGGGUGACCAACUGGGCAAGGCGGUGUUUAAGUUGGACUCUAGCCUUCCCUUGAAGAUUCAACCUCAGAAGCCCAAGUCUGCGGCACUUCGAGAGAACAGCUCCUACUUUGUUGCCGGAGGUAAUGGAAGUCUGGAUGUAGCCGUUGCGAAGUAUUUGGCGAAGCUGGGAGCCUGUCGUCUCAUUGCGCGGCAAGGAUCAGACAUUGAAGCUCUGGCAGAUGAGAUCAAGAAGUUAGGCGCAGAUAUUGCCAUUAUUCCUGGCAAUGUCUCUGACAGGCCUUUUGCUGAUCAGCUCAAGGAGGCAAGCGUAGGAGUACCCCUUAAGGGCAUAAUUCUCGGAGAUUCUGAGACUCACAUUGCGGAUCUCAAAGGUCUCACUCAUUCUCAGUGGUCCGCUGCAGUUGAGUCCACAACCGCUGGCAUCCUCAGCCUCCAAAAUGCUUUCGGCUCGGAGCUUGACUUCUUCAUUUUACUCAACAGCACUUCCUUAGUUGUGGGUAGCCCUGAGCAGGGCAUCGCUGGUGCUAUUGGCGCAUUCCGAGAUAGCUUUGCCCGAUUCCAAGCUUCUCAGGGGUUCCCCGUCAAAGCAAUCAAUAUUGGCAUAGUGCAGCAAGAAACCUCGGAUGAUGCUAGAAACGCACCGCCUUCUUCUGAUAUCCAGCCACAGACAAUCGAUGAAGUCCUCGCGGUGAUCAACUAUGCUAUUCAGAACCCCAUUGUGGCGAAUCCAUCCCAGGCACAGAUCGUCUGCGGCGCCAGCCAAUUCGCCCCAGAUCCUGCAUCUCCCACCACACGACGACCAGACGCUCGCUUCGCACACGUCUGGUCUCGCGCGGCACCUCGCGUCUCCAAGAAUGGCGAAGAUGCCCUUGAUGUGCAGGCCGUCCUCCGGAGCGCGUCUAGCGCAGAAGUCGCCGUCGAAGCCGUAUACACCGGCCUGAAGGAGAAGCUCGCCGGUCUGCUGGCCGUUCCUACAAAGGAGAUCCAGUCGGACCGCUCAGUGUCGAGCUACGGCGUAGACUCCCUCAUUUCAGUUGAGCUGCGGAACUGGAUCACGGGUUAUCUGGGAGGACAUGUCCAGAUGUUGGAGCUGAUGAGCUCCUUGUCCAUGAUGCAGCUGUCGGAUCUUAUUGCGAAGAGGUCGAGGCUCGUCCCGGCGAGCGUGUUUGGAAGCGUAGAGGCUACAAAUGUGGAGAAGAGUUGAGGGAGCAUUGGUUGAAGAAUUUGGAUAUAUGAAGUUAUGAGAUUAUGAGAUACAAUUAUUAUUUUCCCCCCCUCCCUUAUAUAUACAUAUAUAUAUAUAUUAUAUAUAUAUAUUCCUUGUCAUGUUUCUAAUGAUUGUUCUCAUUUCAUUUCAUUUUAUUAGCAUGUUCGUUCAUUAUCUGAUAGCGAGUUUUGUUGAGAUUUUGUAUUUACUCAUCCACCUCUUUUAUUAGUAUGU